AUGAUUGACGGAACAAGUACAGACCAUCUUCCUCAACAUGAUGCUCUCAACCGUAUCAUCAGAACGAAUCCAACCAACAACAGCAACGACGACCAUGACGAAUCACGCCAUGAUAACCUAAUAGAAUCGACUGAGCAAAGCCCAGCAGCAGUUUCAGGGACCAAUGAUGCAGAUAGUUCCUCAGGAUCCGUUAUGAGGACACAAGCAGCCUUUGUCAACAAACUCUACAAAAUGCUGGAAGAUCCAUCCAUUCAUCAUCUUAUCUCAUGGUCUGAGAAUGGCGAAUUGUUCAGUGUCAGCAACCCUACUUCUUUCUCCAAGGUGGUUCUUCCUCAAUACUUUAAGCACAAUAAUUGGCAAAGCUUUGUUCGUCAACUCAAUAUGUAUGGGUUUCAUAAGGUCAAUGACAUGAUCCAUUCCAAUCUCACGAAUGAAAACCAAAACUGGGAGUUCCGACAUCCUUCUUUCAAACGAGGAGCUGUGGAUGAUCUCAAAAACAUCAAGCGAAAAAGUGCCAAAUCCCGUCAUCAAUCUCAGUCGCGUAUGCAUUUGCCGACCUCUCAAUUCAGUGAUGCAGACGACUACCUCUAUGGACCCAUGUACAAGCGAAUCGUCAGCACCGAAGAACGGCUGCAUAAUGCGUUGGCGGCGUUUGAAGUGUUGCAAAACGAGGCAACAGCUUUACGCAAUGUCAUUUCGGGUCAACAAGAGAUCAUUAGUGGUGUUGUAAGUCUGCUGAUGUCGCUCUAUCAAAAACAAGGUGAUACACCCCAUAUUAUAAAAGCUGAAGGGAUCCAGAAGAGAAUCAAGGUCUUGUCAGAUCAAAUGGCUUCAAUACCACCUACAUCCGCCCGCUUUGCUCCAGACAUGUCACAACAACGAUUACCAUCCAUUACUUCAGGGCCUUCUUCAUUUGCAAAUGGAUUUGAUACAACAGCAACAGCAACAACCCCUACCACCGGCACCAUGAGCUAUCCUACUGCUUCACGAUACAACAACAACAAUAACAACAAUACCCCAGAUCCUGUGCCAACUCGAAUACCUUCAUCAUCACUUCAAGACAAUGUUCACAAUGCACCACGACAACCUUUGAGCGAGUCAACUUUGUUGAAUGGCAAUGGAAAUGAUAAUCACAUACGAACGCAUUCAUCCAUCCUCAGUUUCGGUAGCCGGUCUCAACUGUUGAAUCCACAGCCAUCAUCCUCGCAAUCUUUUUCAUCAUCGAUAUCCCCCAGUCAAAGCCCAAAAGGAAAAGGAGUGAAAAGGAUCCGAGCAGAAGAUUUAUGA